AUGGAAUGCUAUUUAGCUGACAAAGGGGGAGCAAAACAGAUCCAUAACGCCCCUAUCUUCAACAACAGACGUGUCUCCACCCCGAUUCCCGUAACGCGGCCCGCACCACGCCGCCAACUAAAAAUAACCGGCCACCGAUCAGUACCGGCGCAACAAUCGCGCGCGUCGCCCGCUGCGCCCGCGCAUCGCAACCAUGGCGGAGACAAUCGAGGAGACUUACGAGAGCGCGGUCACCCGCAAGGUGGUCCGCACGAACCUCAAGAUAGAGGAGGUGAGGAUCACACGACAGUUUACGUAAUGCCGCCCGCCCGCCCGCGCGACACUAAUAUAGCCGGCGCGGGCGCGGGCGCGGACGCUGCACCUGCUCACAUAACAGAUAACACGUUUGACAGUGAACACCGGAGUAAACAUCCCUAA